AUGAGCCGCUGCCCAGAUGCUCUGUUGUGCGAGUCCGUAUUCGACCAUGUCUUAAAGAAGGCAGCGGACAGAAUUGACCUUUCCCUCACAUUCAUUGGGACCAUCAACUCCACGGAACCACAGUACGGCGUUACUUGUAAGCAUGGCCCAGAUGAAUGCGCAGGAAACAUGCAGGAACUAUGUGCCAUGGAGCAUGCGCCUAUGCAGCAGUGGUGGGAGUUCGUGCAAUGCCAGAACUUCCAAGGCAGAGAGAAGAUAGGACUGCCGGAGACCGCACUACAAUGCGCAAACGUUGCGCACAUCGACUGGGACAAUAGCGGAGCAGGUGCCUGCGCCAAUAUCACCAGCGGCAGGGAUUCGGAGGGUGUUCAGCUACUACAGGAUAGCGUAAGGCAAACCCAGAAGCUGGGCAUCGAGAAGAGCUGCACUAUAGUGAUCAAUGGCAAGCAAGUCUGCAUACAUGAUUCAACGUGGAAGGAGUGCGAGGGGGGUCAUACUCCUGACGAUUUCAUUCGGCAGAUCAACGAAGAGUACGACAAGUUGAAUAGCGAUGAUGACGACAGCAGCGAUGAGAACUGA